AUGGUCUGUGAAAAUCACACUAGAGUCACUGAAUUCAUUCUUCUCGGAUUUACAAACAAUCCCAAGAUGGAAGUUUCCCUUUUCACCUUGUUCCUGGCCAUCUAUAUGGUCACUUUGUUGGGCAACUUUCUCAUUGUCACGGUGACCAGUGUGGAUCCUGCUCUCCAAACACCCAUGUACUUUUUUCUCCGAAACCUGUCCCUUCUGGAAGUCUGCUUCACAUUGGUCAUGGUGCCCAAGAUGUUGGUAGAUCUGGUGUCCUCAAAGAAAACCAUCUCUUUUGUGGGCUGUGGAACCCAGAUGUACUUCUUCUUCUUCUUCGGCAGCUCCGAAUGCUUCCUCCUCUCUAUGAUGGCUUAUGAUCGCUUCGUGGCCAUCUGUAACCCUCUCCGUUACUCAGUCAUAAUGAACAGGUCCUUGUGCUGGUGGAUGGCCAUAGGUUCUUGGAUGUCCGGUGUCCCUGUGUCUAUGCUACAGACAGCUUGGAUGAUGGCCCUUCCUUUCUGUGGACCAAACGCUGUAGACCAUUUUUUUUGUGAUGGUCCUCCAGUGUUGAAACUAGUCACCGAGGAUACAACCAUGUAUGAAAUGCAAGCACUUGCUUCCACACUACUAUUUAUCAUGUUUCCCUUCUCCCUGAUUUUGGUCUCCUAUACCCGCAUCAUUGCAACCAUUCUGAGGAUGCCAUCGGCUACUGGCCGCCAGAAAGCAUUCUCCACUUGUUCCUCACACCUCAUUGUGGUAUCUCUCUUCUACGGGACGGCCAGCCUGACAUAUCUACGACCCAAAUCCAGUCAGUCCUCUGAGAGCAAGAAGCUUGUGUCAUUGUCCUACACUGUCAUCACCCCUAUGCUGAACCCCAUCAUCUACAGCCUGAGGAACAAUGAAGUGAAAGGGGCAGUCAAAAGGGCAAUCACUCAAAAGGUCUUGCACAAGUCAGAUGUGUUUUGA